CCGGCACGAGUUGGAAGAGCCCGACAGCCCGUCCGCUUGAGCGCGGUGGCCACGGGCCGCGAUGGCGCUGCUACGCGCGUUGGUCUGCUGCCUGCUGGUCGCCUGGCACGGCCCCCCUUGCCUUGGCGUCCAGACUCCCGCGGCGGCGGUGGGGCAGUUUUGGCAUGUGACUGAUUUACACUUGGACCCCACUUACCACCUCACAGACGACCACAAAAAAGUGUGUGCUUCUUCGAAAGGAGCCAAAGCUUCUAAUCCUGGACCUUUUGGAGAUGUUCUCUGUGAUUCUCCAUAUCAACUUAUUUUAUCAGCAUUUGAGUUUAUUAAAAAUUUAGAACAAGAUGCAUCUUUUAUGAUCUGGACUGGGGAUAGUCCACCCCAUGUUCCUGUGCAUGAACUCUCAACAGACAUUGUCAUUACUGUAAUUGCUAACAUGACAGCCAUAAUCCAGGAUCUUUUCCCAAAGCUCCAGGUUUUCCCUGCAUUGGGGAAUCAUGACUAUUGGCCACAGGAUCAGCUGCCUGUUGACACCAGCAGGGUGUAUGAGGCAGUAGCAAACCUCUGGAAACCGUGGUUGGAUGAAGAAGCUAUUGCUACUAUCAAGAAAGGUGGCUUUUACUCACAGAAAGUGAAUCCUAAUUUGAACCUUAGGAUCAUCAGUCUAAAUACAAAUUUGUACUACGGCCCAAAUAUUGUGACACUGAAUAAGACUGACCCAGCAAAUCAAUUUGAAUGGCUAGAAAAUACACUGAACAUCUCUCAGCAAAAUAAGGAGAAGGUGUACAUCAUAGCCCAUGUUCCAGUGGGAUAUCUGCCCUAUUCGAGGGGCACUACAGCAAUGAGAGAAAAUUACAAUGAAAAAUUGAUAGAAAUUUUUAGAAAAUACAGUGAUGUUAUCUCAGGACAAUUUUAUGGGCACACUCACAGAGAUAGUAUUAUGAUUCUUUCAGAUGGAAAAGGAAGUCCAACAAGUUCUCUGUUUGUGGCUCCUGCUAUUACCCCAGUAAAGAGUGUUUUGGAAAAACAAACCAAUAAUCCUGGUAUCAGGCUAUUUCAGUAUGACCCCCAUGAUUAUAAAUUAUUGGAUAUGUUGCAGUAUUAUUUGAACCUGACAGAUGCUAAUCUAAAGGGAGAUGCCAACUGGACCUUGGAGUAUGUCCUAACCAAGACUUAUGACAUUGAAGAUUUGCAGCCCAAAAGUUUGUAUGGGUUAGCUAAACAAUUUGCCACCCAAGACAGUAAGCAGUUUAUGAAGUAUUACAAACACUUUUUUGUGAGUUAUGAUGACAGUGGAAUUUGCAAUGGCAUGUGUAAGGCCCUUCAAAUUUGUGCAAUUAUGAAUCUUGAUCAUACUUCUUACAUCAAUUGCCUCAAACAAUAUUAUUUAAAGCACAAUCCAUAGGAUUUUACCGUUUGUGUUCAAAGAACACAAUGUUCUUUGAACCACUGUUCUGUUGCUGAAUUCAGUUUGUGGGGAUUGUUAGCAAAUCUUGGUGAGUUAUUGAAUGGGCAAGCACAAUUCUUGUUUUUGUUCAUUUUUUUUAUAUUGCCCAAAUGUAGAUACACAUAACAUCUUAAAUUUUUGUUUUACUGAAUAUAUUUAAAUUGCUUAUUACUGGAAUAUUUGGAUGUAAAUAUCCUAUAAUCAGUUUAUGUACCUAAUUUAUAUUCCUAUUGAGAUUGUCAUUUAUAUAAUAAAAAAAUUGCUUCUCCUCAAG